GCGGAAAGUGGCAGAUGUAGGUCUAGCAGUUCAACAACUAUGAGAGAUAUAAUGCGUUUUUGAUAUUUGGAUUUGGAUUUCAAACAAAAUGGUGAAAAUCGAAGAGGCUAAAAGUUACACGCCUGUUUUGAGACAGUGCUUUCUGACUGCGAGUGUGGCAGUGAACAUUAUUGCGCAUGGCUGCGUCAUCGGGUUCUCCGCCAUACUCAUUCCCAGCCUGCGCCGCCCUGAAUCUCAUAUCCAGGUCACCACCAGCGAGGAAUCAUGGAUUGCUUCCAUUGUGGGCUUCGCGCUGAUCAUGGGGAACUUCAUCAUCACGCCGCUCAUGGACACUCUGGGCAGGAAGAAGUGCCAUUUACUAACUAUAUUACCCGUCCUCGUCGGCUGGUUCCUACUCCUCCUAGUCAACAAUGUAGCUGGUCUGAUCACUGCACGUUUUCUCCAAGGCGUAUCCAUGGGCAUGCUGGGUCCUUUAGGCUCAAUCAUAAUCGGAGAAAUGACAGACCCUAAGAACCGAGGAGCAUUCUUAACAAGCGUGUCCCUCUCUUUGACAAUUGGAGUCCUGUCCACCCACGCUCUUGGCACGUACUUCAGCUGGCAGCAAAAUGCCUUGAUAUGCUCGUUCAUCACAUUCACAAGUCUCCUGCUCAUAAUAUAUAACCCUGAAUCUCCAUCUUGGCUGAUAGCUAACGGGAGGUUUAAGGAAGGAGAGGAAAUCUUCUUCUGGUUAAGAGGAAGGAAUCCAGAACAAGAGGCUGAGUUAGAGACCAUGAUAGCAGCCCAAAGAAUGAAAAGAAAAUCCAGCGUUAUAGAUGAGGAGCUACCUUUCAAACUCAAAGUUAAAAGGUUUUUCGUAUAUUUAAGAAGUACGUCAAAAAAGCCAGAAUUCUACAAACCUAUAACCAUCAUGUUUCUUUUAUACACAAUGUUCCAAUUUGCUGGAAUCAACGUUAUAAGUUCUUACGCUAUGGAUAUAAUUCACCAAGUCGUUGGCCCGGAGGCAAAUGCGAAGUUUUUGAUGGUGCUCCUGGAUGUGGAAAGACUGAUCUGUAAUAUUAUAGCUGUGUUCCUAAUGAAGAUGUUAAAUAGGAGGACUUUGCUGUUCAGCAGUGGCGCUGUGUGUGUACUAUCUUACAUAGGGAAGUGUUCGUAUGUUUACGCCAAACAAAACAAUAUGUUGCCAUUCGAUAAUCAAUGGGUACCAAUAGUGUUAAUAGCUUUAUACAUGAGCUCUUUAACCGUGGGUAUUUCCUCAAUACCUUUCGCGAUAUCAGGCGAAAUAUUUCCAAUGGAGUAUCGAGGGUUAGGUGGCGGAAUCAGUGUAUUAGCUUUGUCAUUAAACUUUUUCAUAGCGGUGAAAUCCUUCCCCAUUCUGACACACACCGUGGGAUUGCCCUUGACUUAUUUAUUGUACGCUGCAAUUGUGGUUGUAUGUUUAAUAGUUAUUUAUUUCAUGAUGCCGGAAACAAAAGAUCGGACUCUUCAAGAGAUUGAGGAUAGCUUUAGAGGUGUGUCAUCUGCUGAUCAAAAGAGUGCAGAACCACUUAAAGGUUACACAAACGGUGAGAUGCGUAGAUGCAGUUCCCAUAUACUGUAUUAAUAAUAAAUGAUGUAAGCACCGUACUAUGUGGAAUAGGCUUUCUCUGGCGCUGCGUGUAGAGCAAUAUGUAGACCAUCAAACUGCUUUGGUGAGGAUUGGUACACAAAUAAAGGAAUUUCUUUAGGUGAAUGCAGGAUAAUUUGUAAAUAUUAAUUUUACUAUACGUAUUGUUAAGUAUUUAGCGCACACAACCUUGAUUAAGGCAAUGAUAUAUUUAUGCAUUUUAUAAUGUGAAAUAUGCCGCGUGGUGUUAGAUCAGAAUAUAGCUGUCACCAACCCUCCUCUCCGUAGAAGAGCUAGAGUUACCGACAUAGCUCAGCGAGUCGAGAAGCUAAAGUGGCAAUGGG